AUGCCCCCGGUGCAACUCGUCUCAGUCAACGAGCUGGCGGGUGAUGAGAACGAGAAUUGUCAGGCGCGGUGGAGUGCGGCGGUGAACGAGUGGCGGACGGAGCUCGGCGAGGCGGGCACGACAGGCAGAUAUGGGAAGGUGGUCGAUGACUACGCGACAACCUCCGUCAAGACGACGUGGAACGGCUUCCGGGGUCUUCCGAAGAAGACGAAGAAGACGAUGCAGCAGCAGGAGCGUGUUUGUAAUGCCCUGCGACCGACCGUGGACAACAUCGUCGCCGUCAUCACAGAAUCGCGUACAAUCGGCGACCUGUUCGCCAACUUCCACGCCAUCCGGAUGGUGGAGGAGCGUCUCCUCGCGGAGCGCGACGGGCGACAGCCGGCCGCGCCAGCUCCCGCGCAGGCUCCAGAGAGCGCGCCACCAGGGCAGGUGGGCGAGGAGGCGAUGCAGCCCGACGCAAAUCGCCCAGAUGGCUUUGAGGCGGUGCACAUCACCGGCACCCUGACGACGCUGGGAGCCCUCUUGCGGCGGCACGAGAAGUUCGACAGGGGCGGCGUGGCGAGGAUGAUCGGGCUGCAGCUUCCCACCGAGAAGGAGUGGAGAAUAUACACAGAGGUCGAGGUGCUCAAACUUCUCAACCUCGAGACGGUUUGUGCCACGGUGGGCUCAAAGCUCACCGCCAAGAAGCGCAGGGCGGUCGAGGCCUGCCUCCGCUGCAAACUGGAGGAGUUCGAGGUGGACGUGGACAGGAACGGGCAGCAGAAGAAGGGGAGGAAGGCGGUGAGGACGGGGAAGACGGGCGAGAAGAAGACGGACUGGUUCGUCCACAUCGGGUGGGCCUUCUUCACCCUCCUGUUCAACUUCCGGCGCUUUGAGGGCUGCGGCUGGUACUCGGCGGGGCACUGGCGGACCAACGGGGUCACCGUGACGCUGUACCCGUUGGUCCGCCAGUGCCCCGCCGAGUACCAGCCGCAGCCCUCAAAGCGCCGGAAGUUGAACAGGAGGGUGAAGAAGGCCCACCCGAUGUGGACGAACCAGUCCGUCUUCUUCUCGCCCGUCUUCCCCGUCCUCACCGCCUUCCUCCCCUUCUUCUGCUGCCCGUUCCUGUCCACGUCCACCUCGAACUCCUCCAGUUUGCAGCGGAGGCAGAGGUGA